AUGGACAACCAACAAACCGAUAAAGCAGCAGCUGCAGCAACAAGUGAAGAAGCAGCAACGCCAACAAUCAACACCCUGGUUGAGAUGAUAGCGGUCGACAAGGAGGUGGAGGUGGAAAUGGCGGAUGAGGAAUGGUGUGUGGUUGACAGCAGCGAUUCGCCGCCGGCAAAACGUGUCCACUUUUCCUCAGCGUGUGAUACGCCAAAACGUGGUGGAAAAGGUCAGGGCCACGGCAUUUAUUUUGCCGAUCAACGCGUCAUCGCUCAGGGCAGAGGAAGAGGCCGCCAAAUUGAUGUGGGUGGAGUGAGUGCGGAGUCAUCAUUGCAACAGUCCAGUCGUAAUAGUGGACACCAAGCUGAAGCAUCAUUGAUUCUGCUAGACGUGACAAACUCAACUCAACCGAGAGUCGUGAACGCUACUGCUACUAACAUCGACAACAAAGUUGAAAACAUUGACCCGCAAACCUCUUCAAAGCGAUAUGAUAUAAACAUAAUGUCAAUGGCAAUGGAUGCGCCACUGUUGUUCUAUUUGCUGAAUGGUAACGAUGCGUGUAGUGUUAUUAAAAGAAUAAUUGAUCUUUUGUGUACGCUUGAAGCGAUGUGUAAACGUGCUGCAGUGGAGAACGAGUCAUCACUUGUCACCCUGAUGAAGGAAGUGCAGAGGGCAGAGGAGGAUGAGAGGAGGGAGAUGGACUCUGUUCAACUCAUCAAUCAGUCUGCACCCAAACCCUGGGUGCCACUGAGAGAGUUGAAAGAGGAUGUACCCUACCCCAUUAUCAGCGCAGGGAGCAUACCAAUAAACAUGGUCGACGUGUAA